ACCAACAACCGCUAAUCAACCAAUAACCAGGUGGUGCCAAGUCCUUUUCCUCUGCACUCUUUCUUCCUCACUUUUCUCAACCAAAUUCUCAUUCACAAUCACCUCUCAACAACUCUUCUCACCUUUUUCUCACUUUCAUAACAAUAUUAUUAUUUCUUCUUCAUCUUUUUGGGUGGUCAAGAUUAAAGAAUGAUGAAAUGGUCAACAACAACAACUUCAAAAAGGAGCAAAAAAGAAGAGCCACCACAACAGGUUCAAGGUGCCAUUGAUUGGGAAGUUAGACCUGGAGGUUUGCUUGUACAAAAGAGGAUUGUCGGGUCGGAUCCGGGUUGUGGUACUACCCAAAUUAUUAGCAUUAAAGUCUCACAUGAAUCUUAUCAUCAUCAUCUCUCUGUACCUUCUGUUUCAACAUUUGGUGAUCUAAAGAAGAUUCUUGCGCGUAUGAUCAAUUUAGAAGCUAAGGAUCAAAGAUUAUUAUUUAGAGGGAAAGAAAAAGGUGACGAUGAACGCCUAGAUAUGGCUGGUGUAAAGGACAUGUCAAAAGUGAUAUUGUUGGAAGACCCUGCUAGCAAAGAGAGAAAGCUUAAUGGAAAGAAGAACGCUAAUGUACAGGCGUUUGACGCAGUUAUGAAAGUCAGAACCGAAGUGGAUAAGCUCUCACACAAGGUUGCAGCCAUGGAGACAUCCGCCCAAAACGGGAUCAAGAUUUUGGAGAAGGAAGUUGAGGUUUUGACCGAGCUACUCAUGAAGGAGCUACUCAAACUGGAUGGUAUUGAGGCUGACGGAGAAGCAAAAACUCAAAGGCGAAUCGAGGUGCGUCGUGUGCAGAGCUUUGUCGACAUUCUUGACGGUCUAAAGUUGACCAUGGGUACAAACCAGUUUGACAAGCGCGGUGUGUCGACCGUUUCAAUAAUGACAAAAUGGGAAACAUUUGAUUCAGGAGUUGGGAGCCUAAAUGCACCUAACCAUGUAAAAAAUUCGACUAAAAUAACUAAAGAUUGGGAGCAGUUUGAAUGAUCGAUAAACCGUAAACAUAUUUGCUUAUAGUCCCAUAGUUAUUGUAUUGAAUGAAUAAUGGUUGGGACUUGAUAGACAAAAGCAGGUGUGGAUUUGGUUGUGUGGUAAUCUGUUAAGAGAUGAUCAAGAAAGAUCUUUAUCAUGAAUGUGAAUGUUUGAUGUGGUAUAUAGUUUGAAUAAAGUAUUUUGUUAAUCAAAA